CCUGACCAUCCAGCCAAUUCACCACCAAAACCCCACGACCGAUAGCUCGCGACAGCCAUCGUCGUUCAAGCAUAGGGCUGUCAGCUUCACUUUAGUGCGAGCGGCCCUGAGCCAUCACCACAUCCUAAAACAACCAAGGCACUCACCGGCCUUUCCAAAUUUUCGCUUGAACCGCUCGUUCUCAAUGUUACUCAGCCCUUAGAGAAUCGCGCCACCACCCACCCACCCGCCAUAACGUACUUCUCCGCCGAGGACGCACAACCGCCAUGUCACGGCUAUUAAGACUUGUCCCGAGGCAACUGGCCGCCGGGCAGUCUGUUCCUAUAAUUCUGCGGGCAUCACCACGACUGCCAAGCUUCCAUGCCGUCCGCCUGCCCCGGACAUACCGUGUCGGUGCUGUCGGCUCGUUGAGGUCGUUUAGUCACAACUCGCGACUUCUAUCAUCGCAGAACUCAUCCGAGCCGCCAGCGAAGAAGGAUGAUGGCGAAAAGAGCAGCCAACCUCCGCAGUCCGCCUCAUCCGAUGCAUCAACGUCAACCCAAGCAACAGAGUUACCUUUGCUAGAAGGACAUGUGAGGAUCACGAAGGAGGAAGCCGACUCACUACGUGACCUGGCCUCUGAUAUGGAUGAAGCGGGACGACAAAAUUUCCACAGAUGGGUGGACGUAUGGGAGCAGCGCGGCGCGCCCGAGGUUGCCAAGGAUUUCGCACAGAAGCACCUGGGUCCUGGGCUAGGCUUUAUGGACGGUAUAUAUUUGGUUGAUGUGCUCCGUGAGCACAGUAAGCCGCCGCCGGAGGAUCUUUUUGUUGCCCGAACCAAUGAACCGAGCGACAAGAGCGUCCCAGCUACUGAGAAAUCUCAGGAGAGCCAACAGACCCAAGAGACUCAAGAAAGCCAGAACUCACAGUCAUCGAGCUCUCCCGAGGACCUGAUCAAGGGUUGGAUACAGGUCAGCGAGGAGGAAAAGCAGGCCUUCUUGGCCAUCGUCGAAAUGCUCCCAAGGAACCAACAAUCAGGCAUGAAAGUCUUUGCCGAAUGUGCCCAGAAGCAUGGCGUCCCUCCGGUAAUGAAGGAGCUGAUCCAGAAGCACAUGAAGGUGGGCAUCAACUUCAUGGAUCUUACCAUGUUGGGAAAGGCUUACCUGGAGGUUUCUCGCCUGCCGGAAAGCGAAAAGGCAAAGCUUGACAAGACUAUGCAAAACGCACCCAACUUGUUUUCUUCAAAUCCGCCACCAGGAAGCCAACAAGGUCCUAGUCCUGGAGAAGGUAAAGAAAAGAAGGGAAGAGGAACCCCGCCGCCGCAGCCUGACUGGAAGUCUUCGGCAGUAAUCCUUUCCUUCAUCGCGUUGUGGAUGCUCACCAGUGACUCCCAAGGUGGUAAGGAGAUUACAUGGCAGGAGUUCCGCAGUCAGUACCUCGAUAAAGGCUUGGUUCAGAAGCUCACUGUUUCGGGCGACACCGUUAGGGUCGACCUCAACCCUGACGCGGCCCGGGCUUCAAGCGGCGAGAUGCUGACGCCGCGCGUUUACUUCUCCAUCGGGUCCAGGGACUCGUUCGAGCGCAAGAUCGAAGAAGCGCAGGCAGAGCUUGGUAUCCCACCCUCUGAGCAGAUCCCAAUCAGCUACGAGAGGCCGUCUAUGAUCGGAAGCCUCAUCAUGAGUUUUGCGCCGACACUGUUGCUGGUCGGUCUUUUGGCGUGGAUCUCUAGGCGUGGUGUCGGUGGUGGCGGUGGCAACCCGUUCAAGUUUGGAAAGAGCUUGGCCAAGCCCUACACCCACGAGUCUGCCGUGAAGGUCAAGUUUGCCGACGUAGCUGGCGCUGAUGAGGCCAAGCUUGAAAUCGUUGAGUUUGUUAGCUUCCUCAAGACGCCGGAGAAAUUCGUUCGAUUGGGCGCCAAAAUUCCACGUGGUGCCAUCUUGUCUGGUCCUCCAGGAACAGGUAAGACGCUCCUGGCCAAGGCUACGGCCGGUGAGUCGGGUGUGCCCUUCUUCAGCGUCAGUGGUUCAGAGUUCGUCGAAAUGUUUGUUGGUGUCGGUGCGUCUCGUGUGCGUGACCUGUUCAAGGAGGCGCGCAAACACGCCCCCUGCAUCAUCUUCAUCGACGAAAUCGACGCCAUCGGCAAGGCCCGUGACUCGGGUGCCCGCUUUGGAGGCAAUGACGAGCGCGAGGCCACACUGAACCAGAUCUUGACCGAGAUGGACGGCUUCAAUAGCAAUGAGCAGGUUGUCGUGCUCGCCGGUACCAACAGGCCUGAAAUUCUGGACAAGGCCCUAAUGCGACCUGGUCGAUUCGAUAGGCACAUCCACAUUGACCGGCCGACCAUGAAGGGUCGUGCCGACAUCUUCAAGGUGCACCUGGCUAGGAUUCUUACGAAGGAGGACUUUGAAUAUCUUUGCGGUCGCCUGGCUGCUCUGACUCCGGGUUUCGCUGGUGCCGAUAUUGCCAACGUCGUCAACGAAGCUGCCCUAGUCGCUGCCAGAGACAACGCAGACAGCGUCACAAUGGUGCACUUUGAGCGCGCCAUUGAGCGAGUCAUCGGUGGCCUGGAGCGUAAAUCGCUGGUUCUCGGUCCCGAGGAGAAGCGCACGGUGGCAUACCAUGAGGCCGGUCACGCCGUAUGUGGAUGGUACUUCCAGUGGGCGGACCCUCUACUCAAGGUUUCCAUCAUCCCCCGUGGCUCAGGUGCUCUGGGUUAUGCUCAGUACCUGCCCUCGGGCGACGCAUACCUGAUGACCGUCAACCAGCUUAUGGACCGCAUGGCCAUGACUCUUGGCGGACGCGUUUCGGAGGAGCUUCACUUCCCGACUGUGACAACCGGUGCGUCGGACGAUUUCAAGAAGGUCACGCAGAUGGCCACCACCAUGGUGACGCAGUGGGGAAUGUCGGAGAAGCUCGGUCCGCUGCACUUCAACCAGGACCCGAACCAGGUCCAGAAGCCGUUUGCCGAGUCGACAGCUCAGACGAUCGACGCCGAGGUGCGACGAAUCGUGGACGAGGCCUACAAGAAGUGCCGUGACCUGCUGACGGAGAAGAAGGCCGAGGUCGGCAUCAUUGCCGAGGAGCUGCUCCGACGUGAGCAGCUGACAAGGGACGACAUUGUUCGGCUGCUCGGCCCCAGGGAGUGGCCUGACAAGGAGGAGUUUUCAAAGUACUUUGACGGCACAAACGGUGGCAAGUCGCCAUUACCCACGGGCGAGAACCUUAGGGAUCCGCCGGCACCGCCGUCGCCCCCGGCACCCGAGGGUGGGGAAGGGCCAGUGCAGCCUGCUGCAUUCAAGGUGAUUGAGGACAGGAGGUAACAGCUGUUGGCGGUUAUAAUUUGCUUGUUGGUCGGGCUGCUUGCUCAGGCUAGGAGUUUUGAUCCCCCCUCCCGCUUGAUACCUUUCUACUCUUGAUGUAUCUUCUCUCUUGCGGCGAAUGUAACAAUAUGUGUUUUGUUGUUUUGACAUGUAUUUUUCUUUGAGCGAAAAGUCACGCAUUUAGACUUGGGGCCGUCUUUAUUUCUUUUGCCUGUCAGUCUCUCCACAGAGAAAUGCAAUCUCUACAAAAAAUGCAGAGGAAAUUCUUCUCUUUUUUAUUACUCAUGGCCAAACAUCUACCAGUUUAUUAGACAUUGUGAGCGGCCGAGGUAGAGAAAAGAGGGAGGUUAUCAAGUCGGCGGUUGCGGCAUACGUGCCCUUUUUUGUUAUUAUUGCGAGAUACCUCACCGCUCCUUUCGGCCGAUUCAUUGGAUUGGUAUAUAGCUCUGUACGAUACAAGCUAAAAGGGAGAAAGUUUUUUUUUUUUUUUAUUUAUUAUAAAGAAAAAAAAAAGAAGAGAAUAGUUUAUUUUGUCCAUAUUUGCUGGGGAAAAAAAUGUAGUCUGG